GAGCCAAGCGUCAGUGCUCAAGCAACAGUGAAGGCCAAAGGAGCUGUGAAACUGUGUACAGACGGACUCCAUGGAUACAAACAAGAAUAGUGCCUUCCUGUCGCGUAAAACGUCUUGCCUUUAGAAAAAGGGAACUGGAGCGGAGGGGGACAACUGAAAGAGCUUUAUCUAGGAUUAUCUAGAAUGUUUAUAGAUGCGCAAGAUAUUUGUUUUUACUGUCUCGACAGUUAAAGAGAUUUAAAUCUGAAAGCUAUACUCUGUCAAAAGUGUGUUUGCUCAGAGAAACUGUAGAUGCUAAUUCACAAUGGCCUUUCCUUCAGUGCUGAGGCUUGUCACUAAGUAUGACUGUAGUCAACAACAGUGAUAUAACACCCCCUAUUGUGGCUUUGUGUGCUUAGCCCAAACUCAUUACUCCUCUAGUUCUAUGCAAGAGAUGGGUGCUUCAAAUACAGUACUUGGGAGCAACAUUUUGAAAGGUAGAUGUAGACGUCUGUUCUGACUCCUAAACGACAAAGAGAACGAAAUGUUCGUCAAGGUACAGUUUGGAGACUGCGUGGAGCUGAUGGACAGGUCCGGAGAGCUAAUGAGUCUGAACGAGAGGGGGCAGAGUGUGGAGCGGGCCAGCAGCUUGCUGAAGGAGAGGCAGAGUUACAUCCUCCUACAGGUGUCCAGAGAUGAUAGUACUGACGGCAACAAGUAUCUACCUCUCCUAAACAACCUGGGAAGGUGCCACCCUGAAUUAGCAGAGAUUCUGCGGAAGAUGUCCCUACCCAGUCGGGAGCGAGAUAGAAAAGGCGGUCCCUACAGAAAAGGCUGGCCACAGAGGGACGCUCUUAUCAACCAGACUCGGAACAAGACCACGAGUGGAAACAAGAAGAAUAAUUCCAUCAAAUAGUGACCCAACCCCACUGAAUAGUGUGUCCAUGUUUCAGAUAAUAAUCAAUCAGGCGACGUAUAACAAAAAAAGUACCAGGACUUUAAAUAAAGUGUUUUUGAAUAAAUA